AUGUUGGGAACAAACCUCCUCGCCGGCCUGGCUCUCUCGGCCUCGGUUGUCGUCGGCCAGGCGGUAUGGAGCCCUAACCAAGUCAGCACGUCCAUUUGCUCGUGGGGCGGGCUUCGUGCGGCGGUCCUUCAUGACACUUUGUAUCUCGAUGGCGGGAAGCUCUGGUGGUGGCCCACCUAUGCUGAUGGCUCGACGAGUCCGAUCCCGGUAGACGACAACAAUCCACUGGGACUCGUUUACACCUUGAACUUCAGCACUCCGUUCAAGACGACGGACAACAUCACGGCCCUCUUCGACACCAUCACAACCGGGGGUGGGAACCUCAACCCCCGCGCGCCCAACUAUGAAGACGGCGAGCUGCUCUACAACGACUCCGAGUUCUUUCUUUACGGCGGCACGAUCUCGCCACCGGGGGACAACCGUUCCGACCCCGACCCCACCAAAGUCCUGUGCUACGAAGGGUAUAAGUACGGGGUUGAUCAUACGUUCAAUCCGUCCUUUGUCUCCAAAGGUCUACCGGAAGACGUGACGCAGUGGCUAGCCUUUGGGGGCGCCGCCAGCGCACCGUCGGAGAACCUAGCCUGGUACUUCUCAGGCAAUAGCGCACCCAAGCGAGGGAAGAUAUACAGCGUCUACAGCAACGUGGAGGACACAGCGCCGGUUCGGGUGUCGGACACGCUCAUCACGUUGGACAUGGGCCCCGGGCAAAGCAAGGAGGUGUUUACGAAUGUCACGCUGCCGCCAACGACUCCGGGGCGCGCUGGGUCCGAGCUGGUGUGGGUGCCCGUCGGGAAGCGUGGGAUCCUAGUCGCCAUUGGCGGUGCUGUGUACGGCGACUUUGCUUCAAAGUGUGAGUUUACUCGGAAUUCCUCAGCCACCACAGCCGCUAACCAAAGCCCACAGGCCAAGACCAGCCCCGGAUUCAUGGCCACCCUGGAUAUCUACGACGUAGAGACUCGCAAGUGGUAUCGCCAGAAGUCGACGGGCGGCCCGAGCGACGCGCUCGUCAGGGGGUGUGCCGUGGUGGCCGCUGCGCAGGACGGCUCGAGCUUCAACAUCUACUACUACGGCGGCUACAACGGGCGGAACAUGGAGGACCCCAAGGUCUUCACCGACGACGUCUGGGUGUUGUCACUGCCCUCGUUCAUCUGGACCAAGUUGACGUCAGGCGAUGCGAAACAAGCUAGGGCCGCGCACAAGUGUGUCAAGCCGUACCCGGACCAGAUGUUCGCCAUCGGAGGCGCAGCCGCCCUGACUUCCGAGUACAAGUGCCUGAGCGAGACGAUCCGCGUGUACAACAUGUCCAGCGGCGAGUGGCUAGACCGGUACGACCCGGCAGUGUGGUCUGAGUACACGGUGCCCGACGCCAUCGUGGCCAAGAUUGGCGGCAGCGGCACCGGGGGCGCUACGGUGACCAAGCCGGACGGAUCGUGGGGUGCCAAGGAGCUGGAAGGCAUCUUUGCCACGGCGUACCCCAUGGAGAAGAUCAAGACGUACUAUCCGUACGCAUCGGUAGGCCCCAUCAACAACACCAACCCAGACGCGCCGCCGCCUCCUGGAUCCGAGGGCGGAAACGACGGCGGUGGCGGUCUCCCAUCCUAUCUUCCACCCGUGCUGGGCGUGGUGCUCGGCCUCGUCUUUCUCACUAUGGUGGCCGUGCUCAUCCUGCUCUGGCGGCGUCGGCGGCUGCUGCGCCGCGGCGGGCCGAUGAGCGAAGCCGGGACCGAGGACACCAACGGGAACCGCAUCGCUUCCUGGCUGCGCGGCCAGACCAACUCCCCAUCCGGAUUCAAGUCGCCGCCCACGGUAACGUCGUCUGACUAUCUACCCGUUAGCUCUCCCACUCCGGAUCCCGAUAGUAGCGUUAGCGCCGCCCAGCCGGCGUCCAUCGCAGAGAUGAUGGGCACUGGGGUGCCCGUAGCCGAGUUGCCAGACACCUCCCCGCCAGCUGCUGAACUCCACUCCGCUGCGCUCUCGCCUACUUCCGCCACUGCUGCCGGCGUUACCGCUGCCGGGGCCUCGCUCAACAACAGCACCAACUACUCCUCAACUCACCAGACCGACCACGCCAGCACACCCUCGCAAUCGCAACCCCCAUCGCACUCGGCCUUCCCCAUUCCGACUCCGCCGCCGCCCAUGGCCCAAGUUGAAUCCCCAAUCUAUUAUCGCCCCGACUCGGACGCCCUUCCCCGCGGCGUCAUGACCGGCUCGGCUGCGACAUCGCCGACCAACACUAACACCAAUGCCACGAACACCCCAGUGUCGCCCGCCCCCGUCGCGGUACAAGGCGCUGCGGGCCGUGACAAGUUCCUUUCUGGGAUUUCCAACCUCUCAGAACGCGACCGCGCGCAUCUACGACAAAUCAGCGAUACCACCAUAUCUUCUCUUGCCACGGCGCCCGGCGCUGGUGCUGGCGCUGCAGCUGCGGCCGGAGCAGCAGGCGCGGGGACCACAUCCGGCACUGACAACAACAUCGCGGCCAGGGAACGUGUGCUAAGCGGCGUCAGCAUGCUCAGCUCUGCAACCACAUCCGGGCCUAGCGGGACAACAAGUAACAGUGGCGCGCCUGGAGGCGAUCCCCGCGUGGUGAGCAGCCUCACCGAGGCUGCCGUGGUCUCCCCGCUCACCACGACUGCGGCGCCCGGCAAUGGUGGUCAUGGGCCAGGACAUGGGCUAGCGCAGGGACCGAGUAGUCCAUUGAGGAGGAGUGUGUUUUCGGAGAAUCUUGACAGCAGUAGUAGUGGAAGUGGGAAUGGGGGUGGUAGCUAA